AGCUAUAACAUUAGGAGAACAUAUAAAGGUGACAAACAUUAUGACAGCAGAUCCUCACAAUCUGUCCUUCUAUUCUAGGGAAGCCCCCAGGAUCAAAGCCAAAAAGAGACGUGGCAGAAUACUGCGACGUAAAGGACAAAGAAGACGGCACUAAAUCCUACGCUUGCACGAUCUGCGACCGCGAAUACAAGCAUUGGAACAACUGGCUGCAACACUAUAACCAAGUCCAUCUCAAACUUAAAAAGAAAACGCAUCCUUGCGUCCUUUGCCACGAGGAACUAAUACCCAGGCACCGCUGGAGCCAUAUGGAACAACAGCACGGUUGGAAGGCGCCAACAUGCGACGCCUGCGGCAAAAAAUUCUCAUAUCCACACCAGGUUCUUAAACAUCACAAGUAUUACCAUAUGGGGGAAAAGAACCACACGUGCGAGCAAUGCGGCCAAGCCUUCCCCGAUACCAAAAGUUUGAAACAGCACAUGUUCAAGCAUUCUGAUGUUAGAGAUUUUAGAUGCCAAUAUUGCUCGAAGGCGUUCAAGACGCCCAAGUAUCUGCGGUUGCACGUAAAGAUACACUUGAAUGACAAGAGAUGCGUGUGCCCCGUGUGCCAGGAGGCGUUUGUGCAGACGGCCAGUCUCAAGUACCAUAUGUCGAAGCGGCAUCCUGAUUAUAUUCGAUAGUCAGUUAAGAAAAGCCUGGAAGCGUAUUGU